GAUAUCGUCGUAUUUCUUGUGUCCGUACUUCGCGAUUUCGUGUCUGGUGGUGGUGCGUUACUGCUGUUAAAUAAUCGUAAUCAACGUCGAAACACCGUAAGGUCGUCCACACUUUCUCCCAGAUAACGGGCUUGUGCUAGACGGAAGUGCCACGGAUUAACAGCAAAUAUGGAGGUCGAAUUUUUGGAUGCUAAAUCAUCGAAAUCGCUCGGCAAGUGUCGCGUUUCUAGCGACACCACACUGCAAGCACUUAAAACCGAGGUGCAAAAGCUGAAACCUACCCUGACCGUGCACCGCCAGUCGCUCCGGCUGGAACCACGCGGCAAAGCACCGAAGGAAAGCGAAACGCUGAAAACGCUUAAUGUGGCCUCGGGUGGAAAAAUUUACGUCCGCGAUCUUGGGCCACAGAUCAGCUGGAAGGGUGUGUUUCUGGCGGAAUAUGCGGGACCAAUAUUUGUCUACAUGAUCUUCUACCAGAGACCAUCGCUGAUCUACGCAAAUGCCGACAAUCCGAUGAGUCUUACCGCCAAGAUUGCGGCGGCAUGCUGGGUUGGACAUUACACUAAGCGUCUGCUGGAAACACUGUUCGUACACCGGUUCUCCCAUGCGACAAUGCCGUUGAGGAAUCUGUUUAAAAACUGCUCCUAUUACUGGGCGUUCGCGGGGUACGUGGCCUACCACGUUAACCAUCCACUAUUCACGGAACCUUGCGCCGCGCUGGUAUAUGCUGGAUUGGCCACUUUUGUGGUCAGUGAGCUGGGCAAUUUCUCCAUCCAUCUUUUGCUGCGCAACUUGCGACCGGCUGGUUCGAACGUGAGAAAAAUCCCCGUACCGGAUGCUAAUCCACUUACGCAACUGUUCAACUUUGUCUCGUGCCCGAACUACACGUACGAGUUCUUCUCGUGGGUCGGUUACACUUUGAUGACGUCCUGCAUUCCGGCCGGUCUGUUUGCUGUUGCUGGCAUGUACCAGAUGAGCGUGUGGGCAGUCGGCAAGCACCGUAACUACAAGAAAGAGUUCAAAGACUAUCCGAAAAAUCGCAAAGCUAUCCUUCCAUUUGUGCUGUAAAGCUACCAAAUGACAACAAACAAGUUGGCACGUACGUGACCCGCGUGUCGGUAAGAGAUUACGUUUUGGUAUUUUUUUUUACGUUUAAAAAGGGAUUGUGGGAUGUGUUUGAGCUAUUACUGUAAAACACUAGUUGACACUAGUUUGCCGUUUUCUUACAGCUAAGUUUUUUUUUUGUUUCUCCUAUGGUUGAGGUUAUGUUUCCUUGUUUUGGUGGAAAACGGUUGCACAGAGUUUGAAACCCGUUAAUUUCUUAUCACUAAUGUUCAUUAUUUAAGAUCAUUUUUCAAUGACAGACAUACAGAACAAUUAGCGCUUGUUAAGAAUUCAUUCGGACACAUCGAAAGGAUGCAUUUAUUUGUUAAGCGAAACUAACAUGUUCACAGCAUGCGUUUGCUAAAAUAGCAAAAUGUCGUUGCUUUUCCUAAAAACAGCAUUCCUUACACAGCGCAUCUUCAACCACCACACUUGCGAACAACACUUAAAAGUCAAAGCUAGUUAAUAGGCAGAAUUCAGGGAAUUCGUAGAAAUGAACAGAAUACAUUAAAUAAAAAAAAAACAAAACACUAUUACGUUAACGUUUAGUAAUUUCGCACGGCAAAGAAAUAUUACCAUUCAUACCUUCUAUUGAUGACACAAUCCAUCGUAUCGCAAAA